AUGCCCACAAGCCUACGGUCCAAAGUCCUGCAAAGUAUCGCAGUGAGCACCUUCACCAGCAUUGGUGCAUUUUUCGUCUGGACCAAACACUGCAAAGUCGAAUAUCUCCAGCCCACCAGCGACCCGUUGUUCGCCAACCAGUGGUACAAGAAACUCAACGCCAAUGCCAACCCGACGCUGCACGAUGAGAUUAUCAGGAGGCAGCCACUGUUCAAGUUGAAGCCGGAGCUGGUCGAGGACGCCCACAAGGGCGGCAGUAAGUUGGUCGAGGGGUUCAGCCAGGGUGUCUGGGGCGGUCCUGGGUACACGAUCCAAAGACUCUACCUUCAGAACAAAUACCGCAAUGACACUACCACAGCACAUCAACUGUGGGACAGACCGCAGCUCCUCAGCUCCACGUACGACAAAGGCACAGAAAUCACCGACCACUUCGUCGUGCUCGAGAAAUCGCCAACGUCGAUACUCAUCCGAUGCGGCGAUUCACCGCUGAAAUCACCAGACGGACAACGGCCAUCCGAUGGCCUGUUUGAGAUCACCGCCACGACAGACUUUGAGCGCGGAUUCGCCGAGUUUCGGCUCAAGAGCAUCUUCUUCCAGGGCGAGGGCCAGGUCGAGGAUAAAUCGAAACCGGUCAUGCCGGCGCAUAUGGUGUGGGCGCAUCAGCAGUACGCUAAGUUGUGGAUGGAGAGUGCUAUGAGUCGGGUCAAGCAAUAA